GGUACAGUUCGGGUGAACACUUUGAAGCUCGAGCACCAUGAGGAUUCUGGUUGUGUUGGCAGUGCUGGGCGUGUGCUCCGCCUCCCUCCAGCAGGCCUACAACCACGGCUACAACUACGUCCAGCCUCGCUACGUCGGGCCCUUGGCAUCCACCGUCCCCGCCGGCGUCGACGGAACCAUCACUCCCGUGUCCGAUACCUACGAAGUGGCCGCCGCUCGUGGCGCCUUCUUCAGGGCCUACCAGGAUCAGCUGGCGACUGUCAACGCCCUCCGCUACGGCGCUCCCGCCACCCACCACGCCGUACACCACAGUGCGCCAGCUGUGCACCAGAAUGCACAAACUGUACAUCAUAAUACACCAGCUGUCCAUAACAGAGUGCCAGCUGUGCACCAUAAUGUAGAUUCUGUACAUCACAGUGCGCCAACUGUGCACCAUAAUGCACCAGCUGUGCAUCAUAAUGCACCAACUGUCCACAACAGAGCGCCAACUGUGCACCAUAAUGUAGCUGUGCACCACAGUGCGCCAGCUGUGCAUCAUAAUGCACCAGCUGCGCACCACAGAGCGCCAACUGUGCACCAUAAUGUAGCAGCUGUGAGCCAAAGCCUCCCAGCUGUCCCCGACCAGGUCCGUGACACCCCCGAAGUGUCGGCUGCAAAGGCUGAGUUCUUCCGCCUGUACAACCAGCAGGCGGCAGCAGCAGCCGCGGCGCCGGACCAUCACGCUGUCUCCCCCUACUGAAUUGUCACCAAACCUUCGAGCAGAUACAGCUAGGAUCAAAAGUUCGCAUUCAAAAUCCAAUCAAAUAAAGAAAGCAUUCUA